AAAGAAACGCAAAAUAACAAUAAGAAUAUUUUGAUUUCCUAGCAGUUCUCAUACGCGUCAAGUACAUAUUUUGCAUUACAAUGUUUUCAAAAAGUAUUAUACUUCUUUUGUGUGUCGUGAGUUUUACAGUGAAAAGUAUUACCGCAAGUAAUGGAGAGAUACCAGCAGGGACAGUGGAAACCGCAAGUAGUGGAGAUAUACCAGCAGGAACGGUGGAAACCGCAAGUAGUGGAGAGAUACCAGCAGAGAAAGAAGAAACUGCUACUAGUGAGCGGAUAGUGGAUGAUGGUUCUACGAGUACAGGGAAUAAAAAACUGAAAGACAUGACAGAUGAGCAAUGGGCAAAUUUAUUUAAACAGUAUGAUACCGAUGAGGAUGGUAUAAUCUCCCCAAAAGAAUUUCAGAAUUUGGUAUUCAAUGAGUUCAGUGGAUUCCUCACAGUUCACGAUGCAGAUAUAUAUAAAACUUUAAUUUCAAAGGAUAAAAGUAAAACAGAAUUGGAAAUGUUUAAAAACAUGAAACCGAUAAUAUAUUUAUUGACAAAGAGAACAAGUAAAGUGGAGAUUGGAAACGUCAACAAAAAUGACACUUAUUCAAAAGAAUCUUUCGUGGAAGUAAUAAAAGAAAAUGAACAAGCUAGACAACUGUUCUCAGACGCGAAUGAAAUUUCAGAAAUUCUAAAUCUGAUUAGUCAAAAAGUAAAAUGGCCAAUUAAUUGGACGAAGCUCGAGGAAAUAUUAAAAAUGGUGGCGGAUUCGUUAAUGAUGGUAGAGUAUUACGAGGGAUUUUGUAAAAUCGACCAGGACCAAGAUGGUCGUAUUGCCGUUGAAGACAUGGUUAAAGCAUUGAUCGACGAUGAUUCAGAUGAAUCAGCCAAUGAGAAAUUAGUCAAUAAGGAAUCAGCCAAUGAGGAAUUAGCCCAUGAGGAAGUAGACAAUGAGGAAUCAGCCGAUGAGAAAUUAGCCUAUGAGGAAUCAGUCAAUGAGGAAUCAGCCAAUGAGGAAGUAGACAAUAAGGAAUCAACCGAUGAGGAAUUAGCCUAUGAGGAAUCAUCCAUUAUCGAAACAAUCACUAAAAUUAUCAAGAAUGGGGAUUUAGACCGCAAUGGUUUCAUUGAUUUUUAUGAAUAUCUGAUAUUAAUGAGUAAUGAUUAUAACCUGGACGGAGAUUUAGAGAUGUCACUUGAUAACAUAACUCUACUCUCGAUUCAAGAGAAUCUUUAAUCAUUGAAAAAUAUAACAAUUUUACAUAAAUACCAAUAAUUUAUAGUACAAAUAGACUGCAAAAAGAAUAUUGAAGAAUGCACUAUGCACCAGGAUAUUAAGUACAUUCGAUGAACAUUUCAUACAUACAUUUAAAUAGAAAUACACGGUUGUCAAUCAAUCAAUUAUUUAAUUAAUUUGUGUAA